AUGGAUGUGGUGGAAUCCGGGGCAGAGUCAGCGACCAAGGUGGCAGCAAUUAACAGAAUCCCCCAAAGUAGAGAACACCAGACAUUCCAUCAAGGCCCCGAUUCUCUCUUGCCAGAUUCAGUCACUUCCUACACACUCUCAGACGACGGCAAAUUUGUAGUCAACCUAAAGAAAGCGUGCUACAUACAGUUUGAUUAUUUGGUUUAUUAUGAGAAAAAGAUUACUGGGAAGCUGAGCAUAGGGUCAAUAUCUAAUUUGAAGGGCAUUCAGGUUAAGAUGUUCUUCUUAUGGUUUGAUGUUGACAAGAUCAAGGUUGACUUGCUGCCUUUUGAUAGUAUUUACUUCACUGUUGGGUUUAUUAAUAAGGAACUUGAUGUGGAUCAGUUCUAG